AUAUUUAAAAAUGUCAAUAGCGGGUUUAGUGAAGAAUAUUAAAUGAUAUUACCAAAAUGUACAUAAUUAUACGUACACAAUGACAGAAAAACUUAUUCUAGAAGAUCUCAGUGCUGGGAAACUCGAAAACAUCGAUCGCUUUAUAUUGGAAUAUCUCUCUCCAAUUCAGAAGACUAGUGACUGCACUAAGGACCAGCUUUCCCGCUACACACUUGUAACAGUGCAGGUUUUACAAGCAUCUGUGACCCACAUUUCCACCUGUGGUCUACACAGGUCUAUGCUACUGAAUGCUGUCCACAUAUGUUAUAACUUCUACACCAAAAACCGUGAUGUCUUAAAGUUGCCAGAUCCUUUGACACUGCCAAAAGUCCUCUAUCAUAUCGUUGCUAAAUUAACAGAAAUCAAAGACUGUUCCAAUGAAAUCUACAAGACUUGUCAGUAUCUUUAUGAUGAGUUACUCCCCUUACCAGACCACUCAACAGGUGCCACGGCCUCAAUUAUCACAAACAUUUACAGCAAAUUGUGGAAUGUUGCCAUUAAACUUGAGCAGGACAAAGCAACACAGCAGCCUGAUGUUGUGUUGCAGCUGAGAUACAUGGCUAUCAAAAUGUUGCUACUCAGACGGACAGCUUUGGCACCAACUGUGGACAAAUUCCUUCUAGCUGUAGACAGGUAUGAUAAAUCAUCAGUGCAGAAAAACAUGAAAACAGCCAUUUCAGAGCAGCACAUAGCAGUGAAGUUUGUUCUGGAUAUAGCACAGUAUAUUGAAACCAUGGGAUCUGAUAAGUGUGUUGUGACCGAGAGUGAAGUCUGCAGUUCUCUGUCUUUGUUCCAGUACUUACAUCAGGUCAUAGUGACUCAGCAACUUCAUUCCAUCCUGGGGACAGUGCACCAAAACAUGCAGAAAUUUCUGUCCACAUUUACAAAUGCAACUUUUUGUAAAGCAGUGAAAAAUUUGUAUGAAACAUUACACCUGACAUUGUUAUGUAGUAUAAACCACAAAAAUUCAAAAACAAGUCGAAAGGAUAUCCAGAGUCUCUCAGGGAAGAUUAUAGAUUUACUACAAGAUAGUAUAAGUAGUCUUAAUACAGGAUGGUAUUUGUUAAUAUGUGAAUGUCUAUUAGUAAUCCUAAAACAACAGACAAUGGUCAGUUCAGAGGACCAGUGUUUCACGGAAGCAAUAUUGGAGUACACACAAAAGGUCACCCAGUUCUUAAUCACAAGCCGGGAGGAAGACAAGCUGCAGUAUGAAGAAGACACAAAGGAGAAGAAUGACAAGCUGGCAGGAAUGAUCAGCACCAAGCUCAUCAUCAUCAUUAGAACUGUGCUCGAGCUUGGUGUUACACUGAUCAAUCAUCAAAAAGACUCUGGUAGGGUGUCCUGUGUCCUGCAGUCCCUACAGCCCUUAACCGAGGCCUACACCCAGCAGAUAGAGCAAACCAGACAUGCCCCUCCAUCAGCUGACUUCAUACUAAGAGAGAGGAGACAAUGUGGUUAUUUAAUGUCCAAGUUUGCCAAGGUGUCUUGCAGUUUAGGUCACCAGGAACUUGACCUGUUUUAUUACAGUGUAGAGUGUGACCAGCUGACCAAAUGGGCAGAGUCUGAUGAGAACCUCAAGGAACAACGCAUCAAAGAAGUAAAUCUGUUGGGGAUCUAUGAGAUGUUGGCAGACCUACACUGGAAACUCGGUGACAUUGAUGCUGUAUUGCAGAAAUUAACAAAAAGUGUAGAAUUGCAACCUUCGCAUUUGGCGACAGCAGUAGAGUUUUGGUGUCGAAUCAAAAGACAGCAACUAAGAGUGGAAAAUGUGCAGAUCAUUGACAUGUACUUUGUGGACAAUAUGAAGGAAUUUUCAGAAACUGUGGAUGCUUACAAUAUUUUAAAAAUGGAGCUGAAAUGUUUGUCAUUAGCAAGUAAAAAGUACCCUGGGGCAGAGUUAUCUCUCUUGAGGAGAAUACAACAAGCUGCCAAACAUGCUGUUCAAAAAGCUGAGGCUCUGCUAGAGAUUGCCAAACUGGUCUGGGAACGCUUUACAGAGAAACAGGAAAGACCAGUACAGGAGUACUUAAGUGAUGCAGAGCAGCUGUUAGAGAGCAUAAACACACCAGAUGAGAUGUUGAUAUUAGCUGAUGUACAGCUAUGGACCUUUGUUGUCAAACAUGAAAACAUCUGUAAACAGCUGAUAACAAGUUCCCAGAAGAUGACCAAGAUGGAAGAGAGUAUAGUAGAUAAUGGGGAUGAACCACAGAACUGGAGUGCAUUUGAAUUUGAUAUGAUGUGUACAUUCUCCAUGGAGAUGGAAAUCAUCAGACACCUGGACAAUGCUAUGGAAUUAUGGGAGAAAGUCCCACCGAGCGUACACACAGUCAACAGUAUUAGAUCACUCAUGUUGUGCUCAUCCAUUCUACGCCUCACUAGAAAGUCUGAAAAAGAGCAGCAUGUAUUGUUCCUUGCUUUACAAGUAUGUGACAAACUCGGGGAUGAAACAACAUGUAAUGUAAUUAAGUGUCGUUUAUCUCACAUUUAUGGACUGCAUGGGAUGCAUCAUCACGCCAGUCAAAUCCUUCCUUCCAUUCCUGACCAACAGAACUCGUUUGAUGACAGUUACCUACAGACAGUCAUGGCUAGUGUUAUGCACUAUCUUCAUACAAAACAGAUCCAAAAAGGUCUGGAACUUCUUCACAGUCUCAAUGAAAAAAUAAAAGAACAGCCCAGUCUCAGUAAAAAUGUGUGCCUGGCUAAUGGGAUAGUCAAACGGUACUGGUCGUUAUUUUCAUCCCUACCAACUGACCAGUCCUUAGAGGAGUUGUCAGAGGAGUAUAGUCUGGACCAUGCAAUCGAGGCGUACAGGUACCACGUCAGUGUCAUCUACUUUCUUCUGGGCAAAGAAAAGUGGACAGUUGAUACCAAGGGAAUGAACACAACAGAGAAGUUUGAUGUGAUACAGGAGUACCUGCUAUCUCUGUAUCACCUCGGUCAGCUGGAGCGACUGGUGGGGGAUACCAGAUCUGCAAAGUUUCACAUCAAAGAGGGAUGGACCACCGCUCACUUCAUGGGGCUACCAAAAUGGGCUUCAAUGUUCAUGAUUGAAUUUUCAAUGAUCCACGUCCUUGCUGAAAAUUUUGAAGCUGCCACCUCAAGUCUCACAAAAACAAGGCAAGUGUUUAAUGCCUGCCAGGAACCAGCUGAUGCAUCUUUAAAGGAUUCAAGGUCAAAAUGUACAAGAGUCAAGAGAAUAGAGAGUUUUGGUUUUGAUGAAGUGAAGAAAGAGGAAGACCAAGAUACAUUUCUUUGUUCAUUCCCACCAUGCUGGCAGCAUUUGAUAGACAAUGUGACCUGUGACCUUUGUGAAGAUGACACUGUUAAGUUGGCCAUUCUGUCUUACUCCCUUAUCACAGCCAAGUUCAAUGUUUAUGUACAGCAGAAUCUUAAGUUUGAUAUUUUGGAUAAGAUUAACAAUGUGUGUGAGACAUUUAUCAAUCAAAAACCCAGGAAUGUAAAACAGGGUCUAAAGGAGCUACCGAUGUGUGUUUUUCAAGAUGAUUCUGAACUAAAAGAUAUCUAUGUAGAGUGCUUGUCUUUGAUAGCUGAAACCAGUCUUCUGGUAGGAAAAACGGACAAGUGUGAGAGUGUUAUACAAAGUGCUCAAGAUCUCUUCCAAAACCAGUGUGUGAAUGACUUUGUAGCUAAUUUAAUUCAAAACAAAUUCACUGUUUUUAAGGCACAAAUGUAUUUAAUGAGGAGUUUGACAAGUAAAAAGGAUUCCAUUGAGGGAGAUAUUGAUAUUCUUGAGGAUGUUGCCCCAAUGGAGAUCUCAAUUACUCCAGAGGAAAUAUCGCCACUGAAGAUUUCCAAUAAACCAGUGGAGGGCAAUCAGUCAGUUGUUACAAAGGAAGAUCACCAGGAGCUGGUGGAGGAUAUUGAGAAGCUGGAGAUUAAGGAUGUAAGAGGCGAACAAACGAACCAAUCAAAGGCAGGGACAAAAACAAGUAAACGGCGAGGGGCAACUCAGAGGAAGCAAGCAAAAGAUGAUGUUUGUGAAGCUUCAAUAGAAACAGAAAAGGUCGUGAAGAGUGAAGCAGAAAUCACAAAGAGGUCUGCAGCAGGAACCAGAAGAAAAAAGAUCAGUGCUAAAUCAGUCAACCAAAGUACAACUAAAUCAGUCAACCAAUGUACUACUAAAUCAGUCAACCAAAGUACUACUAAAUCACUCAACCAGAGUACUACUAAAUCACUCAAACAAAGUACUACUACAUCACUCAACCAGAGUACUACAAAAAGGGACAGAAAGCAGGGUAACACCAAUGGAAGCUUGACAGAAGACCUUACAGUUACCUCUGUCUCUUCAACUCCAGAAUUUGUACUAAAAACCCCAUAUAGUGUGUGCAGUAAGAAAGCCUUAGUGUUUAGUUCUGAUUCUGAGGAGGAAAUUGGCUCUCAGUUACCUAUCAGUAAGAGCAGUGAUUCUUUUGUGACCCCAAGUAACCCAGGAAGUUGUUCAUCAGCAAAUUCUACUCCAGCUACUGGUAAAAGCAACCUUAAGUCCAGAAUACCAAAAUACAUCAACAGAUCUAGAGUGUCUAAAACACAGAGGGAUUCUUCUGCAUCCAAGGGCAAGAAAUCAUCAACACAGGUUGAUGUCACAUUGGAAACUUCCACAUCUAGAGACAAAAAAUCUAAAGAACAGGACUGUGUUGUGCAGGAAGACAAAGAAAAUUUUCCUAAGAAGAAAAGCAUUUCAAGAAGAGGGAAAACUGCAGCAAAUGGGGAAUUAACUAAAACCAAUGAUGUAGAACCAGCUAAAACAUCAGCUAGGGGUAGAAGAAAAGCUACCAAAACACAAGUCCAAAGUGAUUCAUCUAAUAGUGGAGAAAUCAGCCAGGCAAAGGAUGAUAUUUAUGAUUUUGUUGAAGGUGACCCAAUUGAUUCAGGGAAAAGUAAGACAGUGAGGAAAACUACAAGGAGAACUAAUGCUAGAGUUAAGAGGCAGCCUGCAGAAAAAGUACGAAGUGCAGUAGCUGAGAUAAAUGAUGAGACAGUUGAUCUGAUUGGACAUUUAGGAUACUGUGACAUAGAUGAGGGGACUAGUCCAUCAGAUGAGGACCAGUCCUGGACUCAAGAUGUACAAAUCUCCAAACCUGAACUUAUAGAUGAUAAAUGUUUAGAAGAAAUGCUGUUAAAAUUGGAAAAAGCACAAGUCUUAGAUGAUUCCAUUGAGAUUCCACGAGGUGGGGAUGAAAAAAAGAUGGGAAGAGGCCAGGGCAAAAGGGUCACAAAAUCCUCCAAACAAGAUACCACGGAGAGGAUGGAACAAUCAUUAGGUGAAGACAACACAGAGAUUCCUAGAUCCACCACUAGAGUGAACAUGCAGCUCACCAUGGAGAGAAUGAGAAGGGCAGCUCCACCAGGAAAAGUUGCAAAGGAUGCUAGGAAAGCUGAUUCUCCAAGGGAUGAGGAUUUGACAGGGAUGCUGGAGGUGGCAUUUGAACAAGCUCGUCACCUGCCCACAACUGGACUUUACACCUCUAUCUGUAACCUUCUGGCUCUCCAGUAUAUAGACACCUGUCCUCUGAAGGCGGCCUAUUAUCUAACCGAGGGAAUGGUGGUCACCUUCAGACAUCAAUCUCUAGUUAACUGCAGUAGGAAAAUCAGAAAGUGUAAAAAGGAGACAACUUCUGACUCUGAUCCAAAUGAAAUGAGUGGGGUGCAGGAGGGAGAAAUAAAAAAUGCCAUUUAUAAAAACCUGAUGUUUAAUAAAUCUGCUCAGGAUCUUCAGAAGAUUUUAGGAGAUCUACCAGAAGAUUGGACAGUUUGUCAGGUUUCCAUGGUUACAAACCCACAAGUUCCUGACCAGAUGUUAUUGAACAGCAUGAGAAAAGACCAAGAUCCAGUGAUUGUGAAACUGCCAGCAUUUAAAACUGUGCAUGGAAGAAGAAUUUUAUCUGAGUUUACAGACAUUAUGGAGCAGAGUCACAGCAGUAUUAAGAUAACGGACAAGACAGAAUGGUGGCAGAAUCGAUGGAACCUGGACGACAGACUUAGGUAUGUGCUUCAACAUAUGGACAAAUACUGGCUGGGUCACUGGCGAUGUUUAAUACAUGGAACUGUCUCAUCAGCUGUCUCAGGAAUUUCUAUUGCUGAUGUAACUAAAAACCUUUGUGAGGAGAUCUACAAGGAAAUCAAAGUCAGACUACCUCAGAAUAUAAUGCAGCGUUUAGUGGAAUGUGAAGAUACUUUGUCUGAUGAAGAUUUUAAAAGUGUAAUCUAUGAACUGUCAGAAAAAAUGUCCAGUUCUGGGGUUGACAAUUGCCUGUCUUCAUUCAGAAAAUACACCAAAGAUCUCAAUCUCAACAGCUCUCAAGGACAUGUUUUUCUCAUUCUUGACAAGUCAGUUCAGCAUCUUCCUUGGGAAAGUGUUCCAUCACUGGCCAGCACUAGUAUUUCAAGGAUGCCAUCACUCUAUCAUCUUCACUCUCAGCUUACCUACCUCAAUUCACAAAAGAGUUCCAUUCUUCACACGGGAAUUGAUAAACAGAGUGUAUUCUAUGUCCUGAAUCCAGACAGUAAUUUAGCAUCUACUCAGGAAACCUUCCAAGAUUGGUUCUCAAAACAAAAGAGCUGGGAGGGGAUAAUAAACAGAAAACCAACAGAGGCCGAGUACACCCAGGCUCUCCAGAACAAGAAUCUCUUCCUGUAUUGUGGUCAUGGUACUGGUGGCGUUUACCUUGGUGGGAGUGACCUUGCCAGUCUGGACUGUCGUGCAGCAACCAUUUUGAUGGGAUGCAGCAGUGGUAGACUGAAAGCCACUGGUCACCUGGAGGCCUCAGGGUUCAUGCUAAACUACUUCAUGGCAGGAUGUCCUUGCAUGGUGGCUAAUCUUUGGGACGUGACAGACAAAGACAUUGACCGAUUCCUGGCCUGUCUCUUGUCCUCCUGGUUAUCAGAUGAAGCCAGCACAGAUCCCAGAUCUCUCUUAGAGGUGAUCCCAAAGGCCAGGGUAGCAUGUCGCCUUCCGCACCUGAUUGGGGCUGCUCCGGUGGUGUAUGGAUUCCCGGUGUUUCUGAAACCGUCCUGAUCAGAUAUUCAGAAUCUUAUUCAACAGGUGUUUUAUGUAUAUUAUGUGAAUUAGGGAUUAGUUACAUUCAUUGAUUCCCUGAAACUCUUGUAAGUGAAACAAAAAUAAUGAAACCUUUUUUCCAUAUGUGAUACUAGCAGAAAAAAUCUUAUUUGAUUCAAAUAAUAGAGCUCUUGUUUUUAUCUUGUUUUAAUAGACAACUUUAUUGUGUAAUGUGAU